AUGAAUCAGCUUUCUCAAGGCUUGCCUUUAAUGGGUGCUCAUCAAGGGAACCAGGAUGAAGAUUACAGAGAGGGACGAACGACCCACGACAAUUCCAACAAGAGCCAGCAGCAGCAUCGACCUCCUCGAGAAAGUUAUCAGAGCUCUGUUGAUCUUCAACAACAGCAUCGGCCUCCUCGGGAAACUUCUAAGAGUUCCGAUCGUAUUCAACAACAGCAUCCACCUCCUCUAGAUAUUUAUCAAAGUUCCGAUCAUCUUCAACAACAGCAUCGGCCUCCUCGGGAAACUUAUAAGAGCUCAGAUCAUAUUCAACAACAGCAUCCACCUCCUCGAGAUAUUUAUCAAAGUUCCGAUCAUCUUCAACAACAGUAUCAGCCUCGAGAAACUUAUAAGAGCUCAAAUCAUAUUCAACAAGAGCUUCGUCCUCCUCGAGAAAGUUAUCAGAGUCCAAAUCAUAUUAAACAACAGCAUCAGCCUCGGGAAACUUCUAAGAGCUCAGAUCAUAUUCAACAACAGCAUCAGCCUCGGGAAACUUAUAAGAGCUCAGAUCAUAUUCAACAACAGCAUCAGCCUCAUCGGGAGAGUUGUCAGAGUUCCGAUCAUCUUCAUCAACAACAGCGUCAGCCUCCUCGGGAAAGUUAUCAGAGUUCCGAUCAUUUUCAACAACAGCAAUAUCAGCCUCGAGAAAGUUAUCAGGAGUCGGGACAUCUUCAACAACUGCAUCGGCCUCCUCUGGAAAGUUAUCAGAGUUCCAAUCAUGUUCAACAACAGCAACAGCUUUCGGAAAGUUAUCAUCAGAGUUUCAAUCAUCUUCAACAGCAGCAGCAUGAGCCUCGGGAAAGUUAUCAGAGCUCCGAUCAUCUUCCUCCUCGAGAAAGUUAUCAAAAUUCCGAUCAUCUUCAGCAACAGCAGGCUCCAGUUAUCAAAGGAUAUGCAACAAAAGAUGAUUCUUAUUCUUUGAUUAACAAAGUUGCCUCUGAUCAUCAGUUGCCUUCAGUUGUCGAUCUUUCAAAACAUGUUCAUCAUCCUAGUGGUUAUCAGAGUUCCCAUUCUCCGACACCUCGGGUUAAGCCUCCUUCCACCCGUGACCCGAAUUCCAUUCUCAUGAACCCUAAACCUCGUAGUCUGCUGUAUCAUGAAGAGUAUGCAAUGACCCAGGGAAAUACAGCAGAUGAUUCAGCCGAAGCGGAGAACAAAAAUGUUAAAGUAAAGAGAAGCCAUACUAAUAAACCACAGUCUUCAUCAUCAUGUUGCCAGUGA